AUGUUCUUCCAGUCACUUUUCAGACAUCACCUUAAAAGUCAUCUUCAUCAUCGUCAGCAUGGCUUGCGAUACAAGGUAUCAGUGACAACAUUUGAAGCGUCGCCCAAUGCACGUAAACGACCCAUGCCUGUGCUCUUUGUUAGCACCAACACACCACACGCGAUUGCAACGCAAUGGCAAACUCGACUCUCUGAUCUCGGGUACGAUUCUGCAGUGGCACAGUUUAGUGAGCCUGAUGGUCAAGGUGACUCGGUAUUAAAGGCCUGGUACCAAGAAUUACAUGAACAAGUACAAAAGAUGGCCAUGUUUCCUCCUGUGAUGAUUGGACACGGUGAAGCAGCAUGGAGACUAUGCCAAAAGUAUGUUGCCAACCAGCCACUCUCUGCGUUAAUAUUGGUGGAUGGCCCAAGCAGUAUCGAUGCAGCCACAUUGCCGUCGUUUGAAUUUGAGCCCUAUUUCCCAUUGAUGGUCGCCACAAACAAUGUGCCUUCUUUUCUAUUGGAAUACAAAGAAGACAUUGAUGUCUUUUCAUCCACCGUCGCCACCACCCAAGAUGAUAAUGAACAAAGAAACCAAGACCAAGUAGUCUCAUGGAUUGCUGAAUCCCUUUAG